AUGAGCAGCUCGAGUGGAUUCGGUAAUGGUCGCUUUGCGCGAGGGAAGCGUGGGCGACGUGAUAAUCCCGCAGCCGCAGCGCAGGAAGAAAAAAAACAACAACAACAACAACAACAACAAAGAGAUCAAAAGAGGGAUAUACCACCGGCUUUCUAUCUUGAUGUACGCCGAGUGAUAUCCCGCCUACUCCGUGAGGAAACAAAUGAGACGGUGUUAACAUUUGUGCGAGAGACGAAGGAAUUACUCACCAUACUGUGUGAGGCCUGUGAUGUUGUGAUUUGUCAAGACCCUCAGGAGCGUGAAGUGUUGCUCCGGAGUGAAAUUGCAAAGUCUCUACAAGAGAAAGAAAGUGAAAAAAUUGACGCGGCAUCACUGCAAUUGCUUACAGAUAUCUUUACAAAACGUUUAAUGGAAGUUGUGCGCUAUUUACCAAUCACACCAGCAUCCACAGAGACGAUGGAAGAAAAUACAGUACAACCUACAAAACAAAUACGUAGAGACGCAUCGGGAGAUGCAGUACUAAGUUCCUAUUCAUCAUCAUCUGUUGAUGGGAACUACACUGCUGUUGCGCAUGGAAAUCAUGUUGGAGGUAUUUUACCCACUCCACCACCACUUCCCAGUGUUUUUUCAGAGAGUGGAAUGUGUUCUGUACAGUGUGUGACGUUUGAAUGUUUACCGGCAAUGUAUUACACUCCGGAAGCGAUGAAGCGGUUUAUGGAAGAGACAUGUUCACGUAUACCUAACGCAUACUUUCUUAACAUUCUCUGUUUACCAGGUGAGGGAUGUGCCAUUGUGUCGUUGAAUAGUAAUGCCACUGCUGCAGCUGUCAUGUUCGCCGUGAACUCCAUGAACAGUUCAACCACUAGCAUGGGUGGUAUUAAUUAUAAUAGUAAUGAUAAUAGUAAUAAUAAUAAUAAUAAUAAUAAUAAUAAUAAUAAUAAUAGUAGUAGUAGUAGUGGUGGUGUGUUUCGUGUGGUUGCGGCAAGUGAAGAGCAUCAACAAUUGUUGUGGGGUCCGUUGGCGGAACGAACAAAGGCAUUAGAGAAGGAAUGGCAAAGUUGGUAUGCAAAACAUAGUGAACAUCCUGCCUAUAUGAUUCGCCAUGAGUGGACGACUGCAAAGGCAAAGGGACUUCAAGUGGAUCAGGAAUUACAACAGUUGUUAUUAAAUAGUAGUAACAAUGUUAAUAAUAAUAAUAAUAAUAAUAAUAAUAAUAAUAAUAAUUCAGAUGAAAAAGAUACCAACUCAGCAACUACAGCGGGAACAUCAACAACAACAAAAACAACCAAUGAGCUUACAGAAGAACAAUUGCGUAAAAAAUUAGAACUGCUUCAGACUCGUUUAGCAUGUAAACGUACUGUUGAACAGAUGGAAGAUGAGAUGCGUGCUUUGUAUGGUGAUAACUACAUGCAACAACUUGAGAAUGGACCAACGGUAGCGACAUACUCUAGUAGCAAGGCGGUAGUAUCAAACCCGCGUAGAUUACUCUUUAUUCACUCUCUGCGUUGUCGCCUUGAUGAUGCGGAAGUCCUUCAAUUACUUCGUAUUAUUGGUGUGCAGCCAGUACAUAUAUGGCGUGAUCCUAAUGUGGAUACGACACUUUGUGUGGAACUUCCAAGUGUGGGUCAUGUGUUUGCGUUACUGCGUCAACUGGAUGGCACACAUAUGCGAUUUGACAAUGCCCUUUUUUCACGAGAGCGUCUGGGAAUUAUAAAUAAUUAA